GGCCUGAAGCCUCCGAGAAACCCGGGGCUCCUCCUCCUACACAUGCUAAAGAUAAAGGCAACUCUCCUGUUUCAGUGCUGGGCACCUGUCACUUCCCAGGGGCUGUGUUAAGUCCACAGUGCUGCUAGUCCAGGGAGCUAAGGAGCAGAUCUCAGUUGGUAGUUCAACACAACUCCACUACAGCAUCGAUUCAGUCCCUGGGAACGAGGGCUGCACAGAACAGCAAACUCUGGAUCAGAGCACCUUGGAAUAAAUGUAAGGAUACAUUCUGCACUAACCGAAACUACCUUGGAAAGUCAUGGCUGCUGCCCCACAUCUCAACUCCGAUGCCCUCCGGGAAGUCCUGGAGUGUCCCAUUUGCAUGGAGUCCUUUACAGAAGACCAACUGAGACCCAAACUCUUACACUGUGGGCACACCAUUUGCAAGCAAUGCUUGGAGAAACUGCUGGCGAACAGCAUUAAUGGGAUACGCUGCCCCUUCUGCAGCAAGAUCACUCGAAUCACAAACUUGGCUCAGCUGACUGACAAUCUCACAGUGCUGAAGAUCAUAGACACUGCGGGGCUGAGCGAGGCUGUGGGGCUUCUCAUGUGUAAGGCUUGUGGAAGGAGGCUCCCCAGGCACUUCUGCAAGAGCUGCAACUUAGUUCUGUGUGAGCCGUGCAAAGAGAUGGAGCACGUGCAACGAGGGCACGACAUCAUUGCUAUCAAAGAGGCUGCCGAUGAGAGAAGGAAGGAAUUUGGGGCAAAGCUUGGCAGGUUACGGGAGCUCAUGGGGGAUCUGCAGAAGAAGAAAGCAUCACUGGAGGGGGUCUCCAAAGACUUGCAAGCCAGAUACAAAGCAGUCCUGCAGGAUUACAGCAAGGAGGAGCGCAAGGUCCAAGAGGAAUUGUCUCGGUCACGCAAGUUCUUCACAAACUCUUUGUCAGAAGUGGAGAAAGUAAAUAACCAGAUAAUGGAGGAACAAGCUUAUCUGCUGAACUUAGCAGAGGUGCAGAUAGUUUCCCGGUGUGACUACUUCCUGGCCAAAAUUAAGCAGGGAGAUAUAGCUCUUUUGGAGGAGGCAGCGGAUGAAGAAGAGCCAGAACUGACCAAUAGCUUCCCAAGAGAGCUGACUCUGCAAGAGGUUGAGCUCCUCAAGGUGGGCCACGUGGGGCCACUGCAGAUUGGGCAGGUGGUAAAGAAGCCUCGGACUGUCAACAUGGAAGAAUCGCUGAUGGAGACUGUCGCGUCCUCGUCAGUGUCAUUUAGAGAGAUUGACGUGGGGCAGGAAGAGACUUGUUCUACACCAAACUCUUCACCGGCUAAGCCAAGGAUGCCUGAAACAGCCUCUAGUAUCCAACAGUGUAACUUCAUCAAGAAGAUGGGCUCUAAAGGCAGCCAGCCAGGGAUGUUUAAUCUUCCCGUCAGUCUCCACGUCACUGUCCAGGGAGAGGUACUAGUGGCAGAUCGUGGCAAUUUCCGAAUCCAGGUAUUUACCCGCAAGGGCUUUCUGAAAGAGAUCCGGAGGAGCCCUAGUGGCAUCGAUAGCUUUGUACUAAGUUUCCUUGGAGCGGACCUACCUAAUUUGACUCCUCUUUCUGUCACCAUGAACUGCCAUGGUCUGAUAGGAGUCACUGACAGCUAUGAUAACUCACUAAAGGUAUAUACCAUGGAUGGACAUUGUGUGGCAUGUCACAGGAGCCAGCUAAGUAAGCCGUGGGGCAUCACUGCUCUGCCUUCUGGGCAGUUUGUUGUGACUGAUGUGGAAGGGGGAAAGCUUUGGUGUUUCACUGUGGACCGUGGCGUUGGCGUAGUUAAGUACAGUUGCCUAUGCAGUGCGGUGCGCCCAAAGUUUGUCACUUGUGACACUGAAGGGACUAUAUACUUCACUCAAGGGCUAGGACUCAACCUGGAGAACCGUCAGCAUGAGCACCACCUGGAAGGGGGCUUUUCGAUUGGCUCUGUCGGUCCGGAUGGGCAGCUAGGCCGCCAGAUCAGCCACUUCUUCUCAGAGAAUGAGGAUUUCCGGUGCAUUGCUGGGAUGUGUGUGGAUGCCAGGGGAGAUCUGAUCGUUGCGGACAGCAGCCGUAAAGAAAUUCUGCAUUUUCCUAAAGGAGGUGGCUACAACAUCUUAAUUAGAGAAGGACUCAUCUGCCCUGUUGGAAUAGCCAUUACACCCAAGGGGCAGCUGCUAGUGCUGGACUGCUGGGAUCACUGCAUUAAGAUCUACAGUUACCAUCUGAGGAGAUACUCAACCCCGUAAGGGCAUUUCACUGGGUAAAAGCGCCUCUCAUAGAUUCUUCCAGCCUCAUCACAACUUGACAGUAGUCAGUGCCAUACCUUCGGAUAGACUGCCAUACCAGUUUGGAGGGUGGCACGUAGGGGCCAUCAGUAUUUUGUGUUUAGAAAUCAAAUAGCUUGUGUGGUGGUUGUUUUUUUUUUAUUUGUACAAACCCCCCCAAACCCUUUGUUGGAGUGAAGGGUAUUUGUAAAGUACAGGUUUUGUGUCCAGUGACUGAUCACUCCAUAAGCAUCACCUCCUUGUGCUGCAGCUUCCACCACUGCAUGUUUCUUUGUGCCAUAAACACUGACUGACCAUUGUAAAUCGCUUUUCCUUGGAGGAUCAGUGAAGUGAUACUAUUCUCACCAUGAUACUCGCGAGGAACUCAGUAGCAGUUGUCUGGACAACUAUGAUGGAAAAAAAAAAACUGUUUCUGAUUACAGGACUGCAGCUGCCUAAAGCAAAACAGCCUUCCUAAACUGCACAGAGCGGCAGGUGGCUUAAAGCUGAAGAGCAGCGGCUGGCUUACUCUAUCUUUCUAGUAUUUAGGAAAUGGUCCUCCUGGUGCCAUGGGUGAACCCAGCUUGGUCCUCCUGUUUAUUCAAUAUAAAGUGGGGACAGUGCAAUCCUGGAAGACUGACAGGAGCUAGAGAACUGCUCUCUAACUGCAAGCAGGAUUUUAUUGUAUGGAAAGAGUUUGAUUAGCAUGAGGAAAGUAUAAAGAGUAGAGCUAGGGAGGGAAGGGAGGCAGGGUUGGUGGGAAGAGAGAAUGGGAUGGCAAACCUAUUUAACAGAAUUGAUUUCAAUCUGUCAGCAUUCAGAAUUGUUGUACUAUUAAAUGUAGCUUGGAAACUGUCUUUGAAUGUAUGGUUGGUAUCUGAAACUUUGCCGGGGUGGAGGGAAAGUAGUGGGAGUAAACAAGAUCAGGCGCGACAAAUCGUACGUUCACCGGCACACUUCAAUAUGCUGCAUUCCAGACCAUUGCAUUUACUGAUAGGUUUCCACCAGUUUGCACUCUGUGUGAAAGCUACUUGUUCAUAAGAUACAGGGAAAAAAGGGGGGGAGAGAGGGGAUUUGUGUUUUGUUUCUCAGCUCUUCCACUGGUGCUCUGCCUUUUUUCUUUUUGCUCCCCUGUGCACAGCCAAAUGCUUUAUUCCUCAGUGUUUUUUAUGGUGGUAGCAAGCGCCAGAGUUCAUGUUCAUCACGGCUUUGGGCCAAAUGAAGCACAAAACUGCAGCUGUGUGAAUUAAGGCACCCACGGAGCAUCUAUGCUGGCUGAUAAACACAAACCUCUGUGUGGUGCUGCUCAUCUAAAAUGGUUUAUUGAAGAAAAGAAACAUUUAAAUAGGCCACAGUUGUAGAAUGUUAAUCUGCCAAAGAUAAUAGUUACACUGCAGUGCGCUUAUUUGUUACCAUCAACAAUGUAGUUGCAAAUUUUGGGGCAUGACAGACAAUAUAAAAGCAGGUUUUAUAGUGGCUGUCACAUCCAACAUUUUACAACUGUAUUUGCCAGGGUAUGAAAUCUAUGCUACCAUGUGUGUAGAACAGGUGAAUUUUUCAGUUCCCAUAAACUUUCCCUUUUCUUAGCAAAACGGCAGUAAAAAGGGCCUUGCCGGAAAAGUUGCUGCUGUUGCCCUUCCACCCAGUUAUUUUGACAGCUGUGGGAGCUUCAAGAACAAAUGUCUGGAGCAAAGAGAACAGUGUUUUUCUUGAUGCAGUUGAAGAACUGAGCAGGGGCCGGCAUGAUAGACCCAGGUACCCUGAAACCUUGUUAGUGUGCCCAAAGACCAGCACAGUGUGGUCCAAUCCUGCCUAGGGCAUCUUGGUGUUACUAUAAUAGAAAAUCAUUUUCUAGAAGAGGUUUCGGAGGACAGGCUGAACACAGAUCAGUAGGAACGUGGAAGCAACCGACUGCUUAACGGGAUUUAAAAUUUCUUGCCGUCACCCAUAUGAGCUGCAGGCUAUUUGUUAUAGCUACAAACUUCCAAACAGGGAUUAACGUCCUGUCUCUGUCUCUC